UUCAAAUAUGAAUUUUUGUUCAGAAAAUAUAAAGAAUUGUUUAUUUAUGCCAAAAAAUCAAGAUUAUGAUGAUGCACUGUACGGUUCCUUACUAAAGCUGGUUCCUUUUGGCAAAAUAGUCCUAGUAAUUACACGGGCGGCGUCAUCGCCUGAACUAUUACCAUUAAUGGAACAGACAGGAAUGCAGGUGUACAACAAUAAGCAAAGCUUGCGGCGGUUCUUUUUUAUAUGUAGUGAUAAUAUUGUUGGAGUUAUUAAAAUAUUGUUUGAUAUACACAGGUGGACGGUUAAACCUCAUAUAAUUGUAUUGGAUCUAAAUACAUUUAGUUUAAUGGAAAAUGAAAAUACACAUAUUCUGAAUGAUAUGUGUAAAGAUUUGUCAAGUGGGACACAAUUAAAACGUGUAGUACAAUGUAUUGCUACAUUAUUUAAUAGGAUGAACGUAUUAAACAACAUGCACUCGGACGCUGUAGAAGACCAGACCAAUUCCUCGAAAUUAUUUAGCAUUGUAUUGUUACCAAAAUAUAGCAGACUAUUAACUGAUAACGAUAUUCAGCUUAUCAUAGAAAUGUUCUAUUCUGACAAUGCAUACGAAGAUUUUUCAGACAUUUUUGAGUUAAUGUAUUCAACGGUUUCUCCUGAUAAAGUUAUAUAGUAGAAAUAUAACAACUAAUAUAGUUGACUAGAAGAAUAUUAUGGCUUAAACUCAGUUUAAGGAACCUAAAAAUAUUAUUCCAAUAGUAAUAUAACAGCGAACUAAGUUUACCUAUUAAAUCUGCUGUAAUGUCUUAAGCGGUCAGAUUAAUCAGCUUCAAUACGGAAAAUUGUGCAAAACUUUCUUUGAGUCACCGUGGUUUUGAAACCGGGUGACAAUGGUACUUGUCGACUUUCGAACAGUCCAAAGAUAAACAUUGUUUUCAGAGUCAUCGUUGCCGUCUCCUGAAACAGACGGUUCUGAAUAUUGACCCAGUAGCUGGCAAUUUGUAUGAAAGUAUCAUUGUAAUUACUUUUAUUUACUUAUAUACAAGUUUAAUAAGGCCUGAAGGAGAUAAAUACUUUACCUUUUUAUUCCCAGUUCGGAUUAAGAUAGACCUAACCUCUUAAGCCCAUUAUUAAACGCAAUAUCCUAUAACCCAUGUUACAAAGCGAAUAAUGAAGACAUUAAGAUGUGAUUUUUACAUCCAUAUUUAUUUGCCAUAAUAUAUUUAUGUACACAGUUUUGGUAAUUAUCAUUUCAUAGCAUUUUCGGAAACUGAAAUCCGAACCGUUCUAAAAAUGAAAAAUUACAAACUCACUUUUUCCUUGAUUAAAGAAAGAACAAAAUCAACCAUAUUUCUGAAUUGACGCUUCACUAAUCAGUGUUUACGAUUAAGCCGCUAAUUAUUGGUAAUAGUCCACCAAUCGAGCUGAUAUUUUGUAUUCUUGUCACAACAACCACAUAGACUACCUCAUGUAUGAAUAUGUGCAUAUAGAUGAUUCGCGAUAUAUUUUCAUGCAGUUAACACAACCCUAUGUUGAUCUUUUUCGUUUUUAGAUAAUUUUGUAUAGCUUUUCGUUGCGAAAUAUAAGCGGGCAUUUAAAAACAGCACUUUCUAAAAUUUCGACUUGCUUUGCAAGCGCUCACCGACUGCAUACAACUCUGAACGUUAAAUAAAUUAUGUGUUAACUUAAUGCUAUUCUAAAGCAUUAACGUAUGUAUGUAUGUGAAUUAAAUUGAGCUUGUAGCAAUGCGAAUGCAAUUGAAUGAAGUGGUUAACCAAUUAAAGAUAAAAAUUAUACUGCCAAUCAGUACGCCAAUUUACCAUUACAAGGAAAUUAGAUUAUAAAGAAAAUUACCCCGUAACAAGAACACAAAGAAACGUAAACUGUGCUGAUGCGUUAAAAUAUAACAUUGUUAGGUCCUGUUUUCGAAGUUGCCGGGUAAAUGUGUACACUACACUUGCUAUGUUGAAAGGUUCGCAUUUUAUUAUUAUUUUCUUUAUAUAGCAUACUAUUUAAAUAUGAAUGCUUUAGUAAUAGUAAUAAUAACUACAUUUAAUUUUUGUUUUAUUUUAUGAUCUUAGUCUGUUUAACAUUAGAUUAUCAUCGUGGAGUUUUCUAUCCACAAGGAUGUAUUCUUAAUAUUCAAUAUUUCAAACCAGCAGCAACAAAUUUCUGUUUGAUGAUGUUUCUCUAUUUUUAUUUUUAAUGUUUAAAUUUAUAAUGAUUUAUUAUAUAUCAUGAUGUGUCGUGAUUAUUUAAUAUUUUCUGUAUACUUUGUAUUUGCAUUUAACUAUGUAUGUAUGUAUGUAUAUAUAUUAUAUAUAUAUAUAUAUAUAAAUUAAAAUUUUUGACAUUUCAUCCUUGCAUUAGCAAUUCAUUAAAAGUAUCCUUUAUUUUUCCGGUGUGUAUGUGUGUGUGUUUUGUUUUUAUUUAUGUGAUAUAGAUUUUGAAAAUAAAAAUAUCCAA